CCUGCAGGAUAGACAAAUUAGCGUUUAUCGGAUGAAGAUCACCUUGGUGCUUUUGUCCAGAGCCAUACCUUUUAAAGUAGUUCUUUAAAAGUGGGAGUUAAGCAUCGGAAGAAGUACUUCUCCUCCAGGCUUCGUCUCCCGUCCUUCGCUUCCUUCAGCAAACCGGAGAAGCUGCGCUUUUUCAGCCAUCGAAGGGCAAAUAAUUCAAAAGAAAGCAUCUUGAGCAGCCGGGCAAAUGGAGCAAACCUAUGGAGAGGUAAAUCAGUUGGGCGGCGUAUUUGUCAAUGGAAGACCUUUACCUAACGCUAUCCGACUGAGGAUCGUGGAGCUGGCCCAACUUGGAAUCAGACCUUGCGACAUCAGCAGGCAACUGCGCGUCUCCCACGGCUGUGUGAGCAAAAUCCUAGCCAGGUACAACGAGACCGGGUCCAUCUUACCCGGUGCCAUCGGAGGCAGUAAACCCAGGGUUACAACCCCCAAUGUAGUGAAAAACAUAAGGGAAUACAAACAAGGUGACCCCGGCAUCUUCGCCUGGGAGAUUCGCGACAGGCUGCUCGCAGAUGGAGUGUGCGAUAAAUACAAUGUGCCCUCGGUGAGCUCGAUCAGCAGGAUUUUAAGGAACAAGAUCGGAAACCUCUCCCAGCCUAACCAGUAUGAAAACAGCAAGCAACCCCCUCCCCAGUCGGCGCUUUCUUACAACCACAUUUAUCCAUAUUCUUACCCGAACGCCAUGUCGCCCACCGGGACCAAAAUGAGUAAUGCUCCCGGCGUGCCUGUCACUGCGGGCCACAUGAGUAUUCCGAGGGCCUGGCCUUCUGCUCACACUGUCACCAACAUCUUGGGGAUUCGAGCGUUCAUGGAUCCAGCAGCAGCCAUCGCUGGUACCGAGGGAUACCCACCGAAAAUGGAGGACUGGGGUAGUGUUAACAGAACUACUUUUCCUACAGCUCACGGCGUCAAUGGCCUUGACAAAUCAGCCAUAGACAACGACAUUAAAUAUCCACAGCCUUCUUCCACGCUGUCCAGUUAUGUUCCAGCUUGUGCCUAUUCCCCAUCCAAUCAGUACGGGGUCUACAGCGGGCCUGCAGGUAGUUACGUGACCCCGGGUCACCACUGGCAGUCCCAGGGCACGGCUCUGUCCCACCCAGCGAGCGGGAUGACGAUGCACGGAGGAGAAAUCCACCCCCCACUGUCCUUCAAACAUCCAUCAAGAGACGGUGAUAGAAAACCCCCCAGUUCUUUAAUCAAGCAACAGCAUGAAGCCUUGAACGGCGUACAUGGACUCAGUCUUCCUACCUCAUCUCCUUAACUUUGAAAAACAAAGUCCACACAAAUCAAGGACCCAAAAUGUAGCGCAUAUGCAACCGAAGCAUAUAUAUUUAAAGCGCAUUUCAAGAAUUCAAACAGUAAGUAAAAAAGUACUAUAUUUAUAAAUUGCCAGUCAAAGUGUUAAGUCAAGAUAGGGCGUGCAAAUAUGAUUCCAAAGUAGCCUUCUUAGAAAUUGUUUCUCAGAAAAGCAGAAGAAUGUAAAAUGACAAAAUGAAACGUAAAUUUAAGUUUACCGUGCCUUUUUCAAACGGCGUUGGUGCUUGGGAGUUUUAUCCUUUUUAUUUCACGUCUGCAAAAAAAUAACAACAUUACAGACUAUGACAUCCCGUUAUCUGAUAUAUUAUCUUAUUUAAAUCAAUAAAAAAAUUGACGAACCCUUUUAAGUCUGCGCACGCCCUACCUUUUAUGUUUUUGGGACAGAAAACCGUGUCGGUAUUUGUCGAUUUUUAAGACCAUCUGUAAUCGUUAAAAUCUGGCUUUUGCAAAGCCAAAAAAACAAAUACAAGUUUCAAAGGAUGUGAACAAGAUCAUUAAAUGUUGUAUAUCGGAUUGUAAAUGUAAGAUGAUUUGCGAAAGCUUGAAUUAUAUAUUUUUUAUAAAACCAUGUGUAAAUAUGCUAAAUAAAAGCGUA